AUGGCUGGACUGGGCCAGCCCGUCAGGGCGCUUGGACGCGAGUUGCUGCCCCUCUACAGCUCCGGCCACGCCGACGACCAGGCCAACCAGCAUGCAGACCCGCGGUCGAGGUACGCUGCACUUCUAUCCGACCCGCCAUCGAUCCCAGAGCUGGAGCGCUACCUCGCUCGUCUCAAGAUGGGCCACAUCGUCUGCCAGCCCACCGACCGCUACCGACCCACGGACCGAUUUGCAGCAGAUCGUUGCCUCCACCCCAACAGAUUCUCACCGUCAGCGGAGCACGACGUCCUCGAUCAGCUGAAGCAGCAGCCUAUGGACCCCAACCUGCCCGGCAGCAUGUCGACCAUCUUUGAGCAGCAGGAGGCCACCAACGCAUGGUAUCGCGACUGGCGCCCGACGGCGGUGGAUGCCGACAGUCAGCUCCCUCCGCAGGAGCUACAGGCGCUCGGUAGCCGAGACCGCAGCCGCGACUUCGUCCUCGAUGAGCGCUCAGUCCCGAGAGGCAUGACCCGCGAAGGGCUUCCGACGCAGCCUCCGGCCGUCGACAGUGAGGCCGAGAAGCUGCCGAAAGGCCGAGAGGACUCGUGGCAGCAGCAGAGGGCAUCGAGGCCCUGGUCUGCUCCCGGUUGGGGUCUCAACGAGAGGGAUCACCUCUGGCUCGAGCAGGCAGCGUCUCCGUCGCAUCCGGCACAUCAAAGGCCGUUCGACCGAGCGGAUGCCACCUUUGGUGGCCGCCGCCUCCUCUCGACGGCCACCUCGGAGUCGCUGGCGCUGCGCAGCCUGGAGCACGUCAGCGCUGGCCACAGCUUCUCGACACUCUUCUCGGGACUGCACCUCGACGACCCCAACGCCCUCGUGCCCGCCGGCAACGGCGGGGCCUCGACCCACGUGCUCAACCAGGCCGGCCUCUUCCGCGCUCCGUACGGACCCAGCCCCAACAACAAGAAGGUGGACCUGUACAAGACCGAGCUGUGCAGGCAGUGGGAGGAGAAGGGAUGGUGCGACUACAAGGAGCGCUGCCAGUUCGCCCACGGACCGCUCGAGCUGCGCCCCAUCCAGCGGCAUCCGCUGUACAAGACCCAGGUGUGCAAGGCCUUUGUCGAGACGGGUCAUUGCCAGUACGGCCGACGCUGCACCUUCCGCCACGACCUCUCACCCUCGACGCACCCGCAACACGCCUCGCCGGAGCACGACAAGCCGCUACUGGCGCGACUGGGCCGCGCGUCGGAGCCGACGCCCUCGGGCGCGUACAUGCGAGACGGCGGCAACAGCCGCAAGUCGUCGAUCUCAAUCGGCAGCACCUCGUCGUCGUCGCGCCUCUCUUCCACCUUGACGGCACCGACCACGGCGGGCGCCGCCGUCGCUGGCAGUCUCGGCUCGGCGUCGGCUGCAGACGUCUACAGCCGUCGCACGUCGGUCUCUUCGGCCUCGCGCGGCGGAGGCGGAGGCGGAGGCGGAGGCGGAGCAGGCCGUACCGACGAGGUCGACGCCAAACGCUGA